AUGAACCAGGCCCGAUCGGGGACCUUGUCCAGAGUUGGUCAGCGGCUGGUACCAUACGAAGAAAAGGGCUGGAGCACAAAAAGUGGGAAGUGGGUCCUCCUCUCCUCUCCAUCGCUACGUGGGAGGGAAAGAGCUAAACCCUAUGUAGAGUCACCAGAACAACCAAGACCCCUACCUUCCGAGGGAAGCACUAUACUCGUGAAAGUGGAGACGAGCGACGAGAGGGAGCCGGAAGAAGUGGGCAAUGAUAAAAGCGGCUUUGGCGGAGGACAAGCAGACAGAGACGAUGGAAAGAGAAGGAAUAAAAAAAAAACGAAUCUGUACCUGAAGAUCACAAGUAGGCAAGAGGCGGGAUUCCCACAAAAAAGCUCCAGAGAUGCAGCCAAGCUGCAAUCGUGGACAGGUGGGAAAACCACCCCCGCUGGCGACCAGGAAAAAGAUGGGGAUGAAUUUGAGUUGUUUCUGUGCACCUUGUGGCAAGUGUGUGCAGUUGGCAGGUGUCCUCGCAUCGGUCCCAAGCGGUCCUUAACCCUCCACUCGGGAUUCCAGGCUCUCCUUGGCAAGGAGAUCAGUGGGGAUCGAUUGCCCCUGAUUACAACAUUACGUGUGCCCGGACUAUUCCCCUCGCUCCCGCGACCGAGGCGUUACCUCCUGAACUCAAGUCGCAUCCCCCAUUAUCAUCAUCAUCGUAGGGUAGCCCCAGGAGGUGGCGGCGGGGUUGUUUUCGAUGCACGAAUUUACUAUAGGAUGGACCUUCUUUCUUCAACGUCCCGCGACUACCCCAUCAGCGCUUGGAACUUAUAG